UCUGAAAGAGAGGAGGGGGCGGCGACACUCGAGUGGAAAUCCGCACCUUCAAUAUAUCGCCAUCAAUUACCCCCUCGUCAUUCUGUAGUCUUGUGCGGGAGACGAAUGUUGUGAAGCCUGUUUUAUUCGGAGGCUCAGCAACAGGGCACACAGAGUGCAGGAUGCCGUUGACUCUAUCAACCUCGCGCUCAGGGAGCUCCCGCGACUAGCUCCGCGCGCACGCAACGCGGAAAAAGUAUCCAACAAGGAGAAUGCGAAUGGUUAGAGAGGACAACAUUCAAUUAAAAUGGAAACGAUGUAGCUUCACCGCCGCAUUGCAUAUAUCUCGGGGAAACAGGUUAGAAAAUAGAUAGCUAAAUAGGACUAAUUUUGCCGUCAUACAUGUAAAGUUACUCAUCCUCAAGAUCAACUAGCCUGUAGUUGGUUGCAACAGAAGGAACCGCUGCUCGACAGUGUCUUCGGAUACCAAAGAAGACCGAAGAAAUAAAAAUGUUACGGAGGAGACUGAACCGCUUGUGUGGAGGAGAUGAGAGGAGAGUGGACAGCAGGACAAUCUAUGUAGGACAUCGGAAAUGUCCGGAUACCGAGGUCUUCAUUCCCUCCAAAUUCUGUGACAACAGGAUUGUGUCCUCCAAGUACACAGUGUGGAACUUCCUGCCAAAGAACUUAUUCGAGCAGUUUAGAAGAAUAGCUAAUUUUUACUUCCUCAUCAUAUUCUUGGUGCAGGUGAUUGUUGAUACCCCGACCAGCCCCGUGACCAGUGGCUUACCUCUGUUUUUUGUCAUCACAGUGACAGCCAUCAAACAGGGUUAUGAGGACUGGCUGCGGCAUAAAGCAGACUACGAGGUGAAUAAAUACCAAGUGACUGUGUUGGAGGAUGGCCGGUCAGUGAAGAAGGAGAGUGAGAAAAUCAAGGUUGGUGAUGUAGUAGAAGUGGUGGAGGAUGAGACCUUUCCCUGUGACCUGAUACUUUUGCAGUCCACUCGUGAGGAUGAAACUUGUUUUGUCACCACAGCCAGCCUGGAUGGAGAAUCUAACCAUAAAACACACUACACUGUGCCAGACACAGAGAAGAACCUGCAGGAUCUCAAUGCCACCAUCGAGUGUGAACAGCCCCAGCCUGACCUCUACAAGUUUGUUGGUCGGAUGCACAUUUACAAGCUGGAAGAGGAGCCUGCAGUAAGAUCGUUGGGCCCUGAGAACCUUCUCCUAAAAGGUGCUACGUUGAAAAACACCAAGAAGAUUCAUGGUGUGGCAGUAUACACAGGCAUGGAGACAAAAAUGGCGCUCAACUACCAGGGCAAAUCACAGAAACGCUCAGCUGUGGAAAAGUCCAUUAAUUCCUUCCUACUGGUGUAUCUAAGUAUCCUUAUCAGUAAAGCAGUGGUGUGUACUACUCUCAAGUAUGUAUGGCAGAGCAAAGAAGGUCAGGACGAGCCAUGGUACAACCAGAAAACCCAGAAAGAGAAAGACACUUAUUUGUACUUGAAGAUGUUUACAGACUUCCUUUCCUUCAUGGUCCUCUUCAAUUUUAUAAUCCCCGUGUCCAUGUAUGUUACUGUGGAGAUGCAGAAAUUCCUGGGCUCUUUCUUUAUCACAUGGGAUAAGGACUUCUUUGACUCUGAGAUCCAAGAGGGCGCACUUGUCAACACGUCAGACCUCAAUGAGGAACUUGGCCAGGUGGAAUAUGUAUUUACAGAUAAGACAGGAACGCUGACCCAGAAUAACAUGGAGUUCAUCGAGUGCUGUAUAGAUGGCUUCCAGUACAAACACAGAGACACGCAGAGUGAACUGGAUGGCUUCACUGAGACAGACGGGCCUGUGAAUAAAGUACAGCAGAAAGCUGGACAUGAGAAAGAGGAGUUGUUCCUGCGGGCUCUGUGUCUGUGCCACACAGUGCAAGUGAAGGAGGCAGGGCCAGAGGAAACAUUUGGGGACCAAGUGGAUGGCAUCGAUGGGAUGCUGCCUCAACCAGAGGAAAGAGGAUUCAUUGCUUCUUCUCCUGAUGAGGUUGCACUGGUCAAAGGAGCUAUGACAUAUGGCUUCACAUUCCUUGGUUUGGAGAGUAAGAGCAUGAAGAUAAGGAACAGGCAAAAUGAUAUAGAAGAGUAUGAGUUGCUUCAUGUCCUCAACUUUGACCCUGUUCGCCGGAGAAUGAGUGUUAUUGUCCAAACCAAAUCAGGGGAGCGACUGCUUUUCUGUAAGGGAGCAGAUUCCUCCAUCUUCCCCAGAGUCAAACCAGAGGAGGUUGACCGGAUACAAUUGCACGUUGAGCGAAAUGCAAUGGAGGGUUACCGUACACUAUGUGUGGCCUAUAAACAGCUGAGUGCUGAUGAAUAUGCUGUGGCAGACACUGGGCUGAGGGAGGCAAGACUGACUCUACAGGACAGGGAGGAGAAACUUAUGGCCAUGUAUAACCAGGUGGAGAUGGGCAUGAGUCUGAUUGGAGCCACUGCAGUGGAGGACCGACUGCAGGAAGAGGCAGCCGAGACCAUGGAUGCCUUGCAGGGCGCAGGGAUGAAGGUCUGGGUGUUAACUGGGGACAAAAUGGAGACGGCGAAGUCUACCUGCUAUGCCUGUCGCUUGUUCCAGCGGGGUACAGAGCUACUAGAGCUCACUGUACGGACCUUGGAGGAUGGGCGGACAAAGCGUGAGGAGAAACUUCUUGAGUUACUUCGGGACUACCAUAGAAGAGCAGUAGAGGAUGCCCUGCCUGUCAAAGCAGGGGUCACCAGGAGUUGGUGUACUGCAAAUCAGGAGUAUGGCUUUAUAAUAGAUGGUGCUACGCUGUCGUUAGUGAUGAACCCACCUCGUGAUGCAGAUGCAGGCCUCUACAGGAGCCUCUUUCUGCAGACCUGCCAGAACUGCACUGCUGUGCUCUGCUGCCGCAUGGCCCCCCUGCAGAAAGCACAGAUUGUGAGGAUGGUGAAGAACUCCAAAGGCUCCCCAAUUACUCUUUCCAUUGGUGAUGGGGCCAAUGACGUCAGUAUGAUCCUUGAGGCACACGUCGGCAUUGGUAUUAAAGGUAAGGAGGGCCGUCAAGCUGUGAGGAACAGCGACUACGCCAUCCCUAAGCUCAAGCACUUAAAGAAGCUCUUACUAGCUCAUGGGCAUCUUUACUAUGUGCGGAUUGCUCAUCUUGUUCAAUACUUUUUUUACAAGAACCUUUGCUUCAUUUUACCUCAAUUCCUGUACCAGUUUUUCUGUGGAUACUCUCAGCAGCCCCUGUAUGACGCAGCCUAUCUGACGAUGUACAACAUCUGCUUCACCUCCAUGCCCAUUCUGGCCUACAGCCUACUGGAACAGCACAUGUCAAUUGAGAUUCUGCUGGACAAUGCCCCCCUCUACAGAGAAAUAGCAAAGAAUGCCAUGUUACGCUGGCGUCCCUUCCUCUACUGGACGGUAUUAGGAAUUUUUCAGGGUCUUCUGUUCUUUUUUGGUGUCCGUUUCCUAUUCAGUAAUCCAGCUCUGCAGGAUAAUGGUCAGGUCUUUGGAAAUUGGUCUUAUGGAACAAUUGUCUUUACAAUCCUUGUUUUCACUGUCACUUUAAAGUUGGCUCUGGACACACGGCACUGGACGUGGAUCAACCAUUUUGUGAUCUGGGGCUCAUUAGCUUUCUAUGUCUUCUUCAGUUUCUUCUGGGGUGGCAUCAUAUGGCCAUUUUUGAAGCAGCAGCGGUUGUACUUUGUGUUUGCUAACAUGCUGAGCUCAGUAUCUGUCUGGCUGGUUAUCAUCAUCCUCAUAAUCCUCAGUCUGCUGCCAGAAAUCCUUCUGGUGGUCCUCCGUAAACCUAGAGGCCCCCAUUCACGACCGAAAAAGCCGGGUCAGUCAAGUGUGGGGGAUUGCCAGUCCUCUCUGUCUUCAGCCAGACCCCUGCUCAUGAGAACCUUUUCAGAUGAGUCCAGUACUAUCAUAUAAACAGCUGUCAGUGGAUUCCUCAACUCACACAGUCAGAUGGCCGCUGUCACACCCCUAUCCUACAAACAUCUGAUGGAGCGUUACUGAUGGGCAUGAAAAGCCAUGGGUUAAGACUACUGAAGGGGCCCCAACAUCCUCAAGGGUGACUUCCCUUCCACCUGCCUGCCAAAAAUUGAACAUGACAAUGGAACCAACUUAAACUGCUCAGACCAGACCUUGUCUAGCACUCUGGCUUUCCUUGCUGCAUCUUUUUUCACCCCUCACCCUAAGCAUGAUUUCACCAGAAUAUGUCGUCUGGCCAUACAACACGUUUUGAAUGACUUCUCGCAGUACUAAAGGUUUUUACCCUGCCAUACUUCAUAAUUAUUUCUAUUUGGAUGAAUAUAUUGCUGGCUAAUUUGUAAGAAACGCUCAACUGCUACAGGAUGUACCAAAAUCCGCGCUCUACCUGGUUCUCGUUAUUGGUUCUCUUGCAUGAACGAAAAUACCGUUAAUGCCACUUUCCACUAUAAACGUGCUCUCUGGUUUCUUUUAGAUUGACCACAAUCCCAAAGCCAAAUUGUAGUUUAGAGAUUAGUGAUGUGUAGCUAUUUGAGAUCCCUAAAUGUGAGCUCUGUAUAAGAUGCUGCACUGAGGGCCUUGACCCUAUGGGUAUAAAAGCUGCCUUUUAACAACUUGCUGCGUGUAGAAUCGUAUGGAGUUAUGGGAUAUACAUGGUGUCAUUUCCUAACAACUCUGUGUGCUUGUGUGUGUGCAUGGAUAGGGUGAAAGGGCAACACAGAAAAUCAGUUUGUAAUGUCAAAGUCUCUCAGCGGUACUCUGUGGAAAUUGAAGAUAUUUACUAUUGAGAAAAAAAAAAAAAAGUACAGAUUUAGCUUGAAGCCAAAAAAGAUUCCAUUAAUGCUGACUAGCUACACUUCAAGUUGUUUUUUCCCCCCCUCAAAAUGAAUUCAAGACGUGUGUGUGUUGUCUGAAUAUGUGCCCUAGACGCACCGCAAGAUUGAUCCUCAAUGCAAAUGUAAUUGCAUAUUGCUGAGCGAGUCAAAGUUAAGUCUCUUUUCCCUAUUGAGACAUGGAAAUGAGCCAUUAGUGGCAUUUGUAUUGAAUAUGUCAGCUUUGUGUAUCAGGCCAGCGCUUAAUGCUCAAGUCACAUACCAAACACGCUGUCGCACACACUUCACUUUUACGAGGUAACUUAUUCACGUAGUGGAGCUUAGCUUGGUGAAAUAAGGAACUCUGGGUUUGAUGCAUAUUGAAACUCAAGUCAUGUUUGCCCCCUUUGCAACUAAAGUGGUUACUAGUGGUCAUAUGUUUUAUUCUGCUUUCUUUGUGCUUCUAAAUACAUUUCAUUUCUACGUGCCAUGGUUUCAAUCACCUUUUCUUUUUUUUUACACUUAUUUUGACUUGACUAUGUGAUUCUAUUUUACAUAUUUAUUGUACCUUGUAAUUAUAAACACAAAUGUUAUAUUUUGUCAAAGAGAUAUUUCUUUCUCUUCUUGAAUUGUUUUACAUUUUCAGUUUGUGCCAAUUUAUUUUUGCUUGUGCAAUCUGCUGUUGAACAGAUUGGGUUUCUAUGUUCCAUAAACCUGAGCAGAUCCUGUAGACCAGCAGCUCUGGGCUCUAUUUCUCUGAUCAGAGAUCAGUCGGAAAGUUCAGAUCGUCCACUAGUACUGGUCUAGUCCAAGAUCUGUGCCUCACAUAUGCGGUAUGAAUGCAGCUGAUCUCAAUUAUCCCUGUAAUAUGAAUGAUUUAUGAAUGAUUUCGGUUCUUUUCUCUGCUUGUAGCCCAAAAUUGGUGUUUGGCAUGUUCUGUGAUUGGGCAAAUUACAUUAAUCUCGUUUGUCUUUUAAAACAAUGCCGAUUUGAAAGGUGCUCAAUUCCAGCUUCAAAUAUUUUAAGUGUGUGUGAAUGUGUGUGUGAUUAUCCAAGGUUAAGUGGUGUGUGUUAGACCUCUGACUGUGUCAUGAUGCUAAGCGUCUUAGCUCCCACUCAGGCUCGUGGCUUAUUCCAGCUGCAUCACAGCCCUGUGUAACCAACAGUUCUAACAUUAUUCUCCGAUUUCACCAUGAAGCAGCUUUCUAGAGGAUGUAUAUCAGAGCUCAAUUUUCUUCUCAUUUUCUACUUUUUUGUUUUUUAUUUUUUUUAUUAGACAUGACAAAUCACCAACCUUUGUUUAUGUAUCACAAACAUAAAUCCAAUUUUAAUAAAUUAUUUAUUUUCCUGUGCAUAUUUGACCAUUUAUGCCGCCACUUUGCUGAGCCCUGGUGAGCACAUACACACUCACACAAGGAUGAAUAUACAUUGAUGUGUUUGUUCAGCUCAGAUUGGGAGGGGUAAACCGAACCAAACAGACCUUUAAAAUGACUUCAGAGAUGCUAUUUUAAAAGCUUAUGAUAAUUCUUGGAUUCUCAUGUUGCCUGAAUAUAAAAAUAAAUUAUUUGAUUGUAUUUUUAAUGAAACUUUUUGAGCCAGUUUUUGUAAGAAAAAUAAAAACGCCCCCAAAAAAAUCUGAGAAAGGCUGCCUGAUUGUGGAGAGUGAGAAUGUGCUGGUCUGUGUUGCUCUGCAAAAGAAUCGGGCAUUAACACAGUCAGACCUGCUCCAUCCAUUAUGUCCCUCAGGCCCCAGCUGAUCUGAAUGUACCUCUUAAGACCAGUCUGUUUCAAACUUCUUUCUUUAAUAAAAGCUGUUUUGAA